CUGACAGAAGGUCUCGCAGCUCCAGAGGCCGGAGAUACUGACCUCGCCUUUUCUUCAGUCUCCCAAAUGGUUGUCCAGGUCAAAUCCAGCGCCCACCACAGCAGCAAAACGAUGGAGGGAAGCCAGCAGAAGGUCGAGGCGAAUAUUUUGCUCCUGGGAGCUGAGAACGUCGGGAAGUCCGCGCUGACGGUGCGUUUUCUCACGCGGAGGUUCAUCGGAGAAUACGGCGACAUGGAAUCUGUUUACAGCCACAGCGACCGAAUCGACGGGCGAGAGAUCUGCUUUAACAUCUGGGAUUCGCUGUAUCCGCAGAACUGCGCCACGCCGGGCUACGUCAGCGAGGAGCAGCUGCAGUGGGCGGACGGCUUCAUCCUGGUCUACAGCAUCUGCGACCGCGCCAGCUUCCAGGUGGUGCGCCAGCUGGUGCAGCGGAUCCGGCAGGCCCGCAAGGGGGCGGAGCGGGCCGCGCCCGUGGUCGUCGUGGGCAACAAGCGGGACCUGCAGCACCGCCGCGCCGUGUCCGGCGAGGAGGGCCGGCUGCUGGCGCUGGCGGCGGACUGCGGCUUCUUCGAGAUCUCCGCGGCCGAGGCCUACCACGGCGUGCUGGCCGUCUUCCACGCCCUGCUGGAGCUGAUCCGCCGGGCGCGCGCCCUGAAGAAGGGGGCGGGGCUCAGGGGCAUCGUGCGGAGCGUGUCGGCCGUGUUCGGGCGGAGGAGGACCGAGUGAGCGGAUUAGAGGAGGAGGUCCCCCUUUUCCUUUGGACAGCCUGGGCUUGCGGAAAGAAUCCGGGAAGACGCCAGGCUGGCUGUGCUGCUCCGAGAUCCGGAUCCGUCCGUCCUGGGCUGCUGGCUGGACCAGAUUGCCCAGGGGGGGCGGGAGGGCCUUCCUCAUGGCCAGGCCACGCCCCUUCCUCUUCCUGUUCUCCGGCUGUGGGUGCGAGAGACACGGCCCAGACAGAAUCGCGGGGGGCGGCGGCAGGGUUUGGCGAGGUGCCCGAGCUACUGCCCUCGCCCAGUAGGGGGCGAGAGAGACGCGGGGGAGAGGGGCGAUCGCUCUGGCGUGCGCUGUGGGCAGGUGGAAGGGAUCUGAAGGCUGCAGUCUGGCCCUGCCGAUCCAGUCCUCUCCGGUGGAUGAAAGCAUCGUUUUCAGCUCUUUGCUGGGCCCGUGUGGCGCUGUUAGGUCCAGCUUCCGGAACAGGCCACCGGGCCAAGACGGCUCCGCACCCCACUGCCGGUUCCCCUGGUCAGGGAGCGAGGCGCCUCUGACUCCGCAGAGAGCGAGCUCUCUCUGCACACUUGUACAAAGGAAAUAAUUUAUAUGCUGGCAGAACAUUUUGGUAAACAUUUUUUUUAACCUUCAGAAAAAUGUCUUUUUUUUUUUGUAUGAUGUCGCAAAUAAAGAAUAUUCGAAAAAGUG